AUGGACCAGUUCAGAGGACUGUUGAGUGGCGCCCGCGGCCAGCUGGGCGGCGCUCAGCCCGGAUCGGACAACUCUACCCUGAUCGAUAACUCCGAGACCGUCUACAUUUCCUCCCUCGCCCUCCUGAAGAUGCUGCGACAUGGCCGGGCAGGUGUACCGAUGGAAGUCAUGGGUCUGAUGCUGGGAGAGUUCGUCGACGACUUCACUGUCCGCGUCGUGGAUGUGUUUGCCAUGCCACAAAGCGGUACAGGCGUCAGCGUCGAGGCCGUCGACCCUGUGUUCCAGAUGAAGAUGAUGGAGAUGCUGCGGCAAACAGGAAGGCCAGAGUCCGUCGUUGGAUGGUACCACUCCCAUCCUGGUUUCGGCUGCUGGCUGUCCAGCGUCGACAUCAACACCCAACAGAGCUUCGAGCAGCUUACCCCACGAGCCGUCGCCGUCGUCGUCGAUCCCAUCCAGUCCGUCAAGGGCAAAGUCGUCAUUGACGCAUUCCGGCUGAUCAACCCUCAGUCGCUCAUGCUCGGCCAGGAGCCCCGCCAGAGCACAUCGAACUUGGGUCACCUGAACAAGCCCUCUAUCCAAGCGCUUAUUCACGGCCUAAACCGACACUACUACUCUAUCGGCAUCAACUACCGCAAGACCGCGCUCGAGGAGAACAUGCUGAUGAACCUACACAAGCACCCUUGGACCGAGGCGCUGCAGAUGGAUGACUUCCGGAUAGAGGCGGACCACAACAAGGAGAGGUUGGAGAGGCUGGUCAGCCUGGCGGACGGCUACGAGAAGCGCGUUAAGGAGGAGACGGAACUCACGAAAGACCAGCUCAAGACCCGUUAUGUCGGCAAGCUGGACCCCAAGAAGCACUUGGAGGAUGUCGGCCAGCAGCUCAUCGAGGACAACAUUGUUGCUGUAUCCAAGCAGAUGAUCGACAAGGAAGCAACCAUGCCCAAGAAGGACAGCGCAGGCGGCUCGAAAGAUGCUGCGAACGGCGGGGAGAUGGAUAUUGACAGCUGA